GAGAAAUCAUGAGCCAUGUGCGGCACUUCUAGGUGACAAGCUUUUCGUUUUUGAGUGCAAGAUUGGCUCGAGGACGAGCUCUAGCUUUGACGAUCUCCGAGUUUUCCAAGGACCCAGAUCUUUUUGCCAUGGGGAGUGGUGUCUUCGCAUGGGAAUGGUCCACAAAAAGAAGGGCCAGAAAGCUGAUGCCUGUGGAAGGCAGGCUUAUGAGCAUGAUCAGCGAAGGGAGAGGCGAGACGAGCCGGUGGAGCAGCCCCAAGCUUCACGGCCGGUGGCCUUAAAAGAGGCACCGCUUCUGCCGCUUUUGGACGACAACGCUCAGGGAGCACUUCGGGUCCCGACCCAGGCCAUGCACCUGGCGACGCAAGAGCUGCGAGAGGCGCUCCUGGAGGCGACCGAGCUCGCAGUACAGAAGUCCUUUGCCACCAUGGAGCAACUCAUCCAGAAAGACGCGGCGCUCAGCUCGCACCUGCCAAACCACCUCGCCUCCGGGCAGGGCCCGAAGGAGCAGGUCUGCGGAAGUCCGGGUCCACUCGGAUUGAGCCUGGACCCUAGGCUGCCCUGCAAGCCCACACUACCGAACACGGAGAAGGAUGAGGUGCCCUGUGAAGAGGAGCGAACCACCUCGAAAUCCAGCAGGCUGGAGAUCCCAAGCCCCACCAGCGCCCGGACCCCUACGAGGUUUGAGGCCGGUGGGCCAAGGAUGGAAGGUACUUCAUAGAGAGAUCGUGACAUGAGCGCACGAUCCUGUCGGCUGACCUUUCAAGACCUGGCUGGGCGGGGAUCACUGUUUUUUCGCGACAAAAAGAAGUGCCUCGUCAAAUCAGCGGGGUUUGGCCGGACCUGAAACGGAACAGG